UUUUUAACAAUAAGAUUAAGAAAUAUGGACGAUUCUCAUAACCAGCAGCCUGAUGUUGAUGACAAGGAAAACAGGAACGAAGAUGCUAAAGUUGACUUAACGAACCCCGUUUUCUACAGCAAUGAAAAAGAUGGAGAAGUUAUGAAAAUGCUUGAAAGUGACAAAAUGCUACAAAACAUGUGGCCUCUAGUUGAAGAGAUCUCUAAAGCAGUAGCUGAUGAGAGUAGAGAUUCAGAAGUAAAGAAAGAGGAAGAGGAAUAUAGAAAUAAAAUAAACGAACAGAUCAUGAAUAUCUACAACGGUACUUAUGCUGAUCAAAGAAAGGAGCAUAAAAGAUUCGAGAGUUUAAGCCUAGAAACUCCUCCAGAUGCCCCUAUUGCACAGCACCAAAAGUCCUCUCAAUCACAGAUCCCAGACCUCAUCCCAGACUUUGACCCUCUAAAAAGUCAUGGUAAAUGCAAAGAUGCGCCAUCAGAGACUGAUAGCAGCUUAAAAUAAGAACCUAUCCAGGCAAGAGCUUGACUCCAUGAUUAACCGGCUCCACAAGUGUGGUCAGGUGUAUAACGAAAACAAGAAGAAUAAAUAAGACUGAGAUGGAAGAAGAACUGAUCAGCUCAUUGUCCUUCCAGCCACAUAUUGGCCAACGGUCUAAGAAAUUGGUCAAGGCUAAAUAUCACCCUAUUUAUGAUCAGAAUAGGCUAAAAGAAAUCGAAAGUUCUAAAUAAUCAAAAAAUUGAGAAAAUCAAGAGUGAGAUAGAAGCUAAAGAGGCAUUGAAAUAAGUUAGAAGAGGACAAGAUCCUUGAAGAAGUUGCUUCCAAAACAUCUUCUUCAAAAUACAAUCACCAAUUAUACCUACAGAAGAUAAACGACUAUACUAAAGCAUAUUCUAGAAAAAGGAAAGAUGAUGAACUUGAGAAGGAACAAAAAUAUUCAGAUAUUACAUUCAAGCCAACUGUCAAUAAGAAGAGCGGCGAUAUCCUAUCCAAAGCAGGAAAGAAGAGCUUCACUGACAGACAAAAGGAUUAUCAGGAAAAGAAUCGUAAAAAGCUAGAUAAAAUAAAGAAGGAUACUGAGCCUUCCUUCCAGCCUAGGAUUAAUAAAAAGUCCAAGAAAAUAACGAAGAAAAUAAAGCAAGUGAGUGAGUCUAAGAAAUCUCCUAGAAGACUGGCGAAGAGGGAUAUCAAGAAUCUGAUGAAUUCUGGAAGUCCAACAAAAGAUGCAGUCGUCUUAAAGCUUGAUUACGACAUUGACGAUUCCGGCCAGAACCUCUUACUCAACAUGGGCUCGAUUGGAGAAGAGAAGUUUGAUGAACUUAGAGACAUUUCAGAUUAUUUGACAUCGAAAAAGUCCCAGAAUGAAUAUGAUAUGACAUCUAAAGAUGCUAUGGAUUUGCUCAACUCUGGCAGAGGAGCAAUUGAUAGCCAGAUUAUUUCCUUUAAUCAAGAGCAAGAAUUUAGAGACCUAAAUGAAAGAGAAGAAGAGUCUCAAUCACAAAACCUUACUAAUAUCCUUGAAGAGCCUCAGAAUCAAUCAAACAUCGAGCUGAAUGAGAGAGAUGAGACUCAAGAAAUCAGCCAGUCUCAAAAUAAUGAAUCUCGUAAAUAUAUGACAGAGGAAGAUUUUUCAAACAGUAAAGUCAUCCAGGAUUAUAUACAAAAUGAAUUGAGCCAUCAUCUUCAAGACCAGAGUAAGGGAUCAAUUCCUGAGGAUAAAGAGAGUAAAUAUACUUCGAAUAAUCAGAUCCAGGCACCAGCCCAUCUUGAUACAGUAAAAGAAGCUACUAUUGAAGAGACAUUCAAGAAUGAUAUCAGUCCUUAUGAAAAGGGUACAAACCUUGAUGACUUGCAAGAAGAAAUCAAGAUAGAUAUUAAGAAUUAUGAAAGAGAGUAUGCUGAAAAUACUAUAGACUUAAAGCAAAGCCAGAAAAUGGAAGAGGAGAAUAGCUAUCUUCACAGUGAGCAAAAUUCCAAUAAAACUGAUACUAGAAAAUCUAUGGUGCAGGAAUCAAUGACUAGAGAAGUUAAUGAUCCUUCUAUUGAGCUUCUUAAUGAAUCUUCAUUGCCUCUAAAACCUCGUGAGGCAGGAGAAGGCUCUCUUCAGCUGCUAGAUGGAAUCCUAAAGCAAUAUAAGCAUUGUGUUAAAUAA